GGCGGGGCGCGGCUCCCGCGCAGGCGCGGCGGCGGCGGCGGCCAUGUCGGUGCAGGAGGACCCGGUGCAGCGGGAGAUCCACCAGGACUGGGCCAACCGCGAGUACAUCGAGGUGAUCACCAGCUCCAUCAAGAAAAUCGCGGACUUCCUCAACUCCUUCGACAUGUCGUGCCGGUCCCGGCUGGCCACCCUGAACGAGAAGCUGACGGCGCUGGAGCGGAGAAUCGAGUACAUCGAAGCCCGGGUCACCAAGGGGGAGACGCUGACAUAGGCCCGGGGCGGCCCCGGCCCCCGCCGCCGGAGCACCGCCGCCCCUCACCCCGCUCGGGGCCCGCCGCCACCGCCGCCGCCUCUGCUCGUGUUGCCAAUAAACCGCUGUGCUCCUGCCCUGCCUGCUCUCUGCGUGCCUGCCUGGGGCCGGGCCGCGGGAUGCCCGGCUCCCUGCCACCGUCCUGGAUGUCCAGAGCCUGCCCUUCCAUCUGCCUGACCCACGGGGUUUGGGCACACGUUCCUCCCCACGCGUGGGGGCUGAAUCACAGGGGCUGCAGGCCAGGCUGUUGUCAGCUCCUGGAGACACCUGACUGGCCUUUGGGGUGCUUUGUGCUCCUGCUGGGAUUAUAGAAAAUCUGGUGAUCCCUAUGGUCUGGAGGGUGUCUCAGCCUUCACAUGUGCACGUCGGGGCAGUGUGGGGACAGCAGGCUCGCCUGGCCUGGUGCACAUGCCACAGGAGAGGGUCCUUUGCCAGCAGCGGGAAGAGGUGUUUCUCCUCUCUUCGAGGCAAGUGGCAAGGAGAAGGAAGUCUCUCAGCCCUUCCCCACCACUCCUCUGUUUAUCUCAGUUUUUCAGGGGGCAUCUAGAUCUGCAGAUUCACUGCUCACAUUUAGUGUUUGUUGGGGAGUCCAUGGAAUUGGUGUCACCAAAGGUUUUAUUGCUUCCCAGCAGGCUUUAAAAGUCUUGGUAUAUUCUCCAACUGUAAUCUUAGCUUUUUCAUGAUGGCACUGUCAUGCCUGCAGUGUUUACUGAGCACCUGAGUUACUUAAUGUUUGUUAUAUUUUUGAGGCUGCCUGACAUCAGCUGAUUCCUUGUUGAUGUAGGUCCUUCUCCGAGCUCACAGUUUUGUUCUCCAUAGAAAUUUCUGUUUUCCAUUGUUUGAAUAAGUGCUUCUCCAGCUUUUCCCUCAGCUCUCAUGGUUACUGUCGGUUUGGGCUGCGCAUCAGGGAGGCUUGGCUGCCUUUGGAGCACAGUACCUGUGGAAAUGACUGCUUUGUAGCAGCCCUGCAGUGAAGUGGAACAGCCAUGGGUCACUGCCCUUAGGUGUAGGGACCAUAUCAAAUUAUAUUGUUGUCAUAAGAAGAUUGAUAGGUGGAAGGAAAGCAGCUCUCCCUUGGCUCCACGGUGGCUGCUCUGUAGCCCAGGUACAUCAGAAUACUGCCAUGGCCCAUGCAUUGCUUACUGUGGAUGUGCUGGAGUCCUGAGAUCUCCAUCACUGGAGAUAACUCAGUAUUUAUCUGGAGAAGGCCCUGAACUAUUUGGAUGUUGAAGUUGGCCUUGCUUUGAAUGGGACGGGGUUGAGGCUGAGACCACCAGAGGUUCUUGCCUAAAUUAUGCUAAGAUUCAUCAAUUCAAGGACUGAGUGGGAGACAGGGUGCCACAGUCAGUCCCUGGCACUGUGCUCUUUUUCCUCUUAAACCAGGAUUUCUCAAAGGAGUAGGUUUUGCCAUGCAGUUGGUGGGAUCUGCUGGAAGGUACCACUCCUCCCAGGGUAUGUGCUCUCACAGAGCUUCAGCACUGCGGGAUCAGCCUGUCUGGUUCAUCUCCCAGCAGCAGGGAUGCUGGGCAGCUCACUGCACUACAGAGUUCUGCCCUUUUCCUUUCAAGGAGUCUUACUAGUUCCCUAAGGAUCCAGGUUUUCUGGUUGGGUGCUGCUUAUUCCCGGUUGUGAGAGG